AUGGACAAAGAACAAGCGUUGCCAACCCUGUAAUAGUAAGAGAAGGAGCUUGAAAAGAAGCGUACAAAACAAGGCUUGGAUUUGCAUUUCAAAUUAUUUAAUGAUCUCUUGAAAUUAAAAUAUGCCUCAUACACAAAGACAGCAUUAAUGCUAAUUAUAGCAUUUAUCCAUCACUUUCUGACAUAAAUAAGAUAGUACUUAAAUAACUAUUUUCAGAUACAAGAGCUUAAUAAACAUUCACUAUUAAACUGAAUCGACGAUCCUUGAUUAAAUGAUUGACUUUUGCACUUAUUUCGACAUCCAGGGCUUAUUGAGACAGGAUAUUACAAUAAACUACAUAAUGUUGUCAGUUUUUUUAUUAGCCACAAUAGGAAAUACUAUUCUCUACUUCAUCCUUUAUAUAUUAUAAGGAGAUGAUUAUAGAGUUCGUAAGAGAUUUUUGGGGAAGGUAAUUUGAUAAGUUUGUAUGUAGAAAUUCGUACAAUUGUCAGAAUGGUAUGUGUGGUUAUUACAUUAUCCAGCAAUGGUUGUGUUUUUUGAGAAUAUGGUUUGUGGACCUACAAUAGACUGUACAAAAUCGUCAGUAAGAGAUAUUAUGAUAUCUCUGUCUGUGAUAGGGUAAUUUGGAUGAAUUAAGUCUUAGGGUGUUUUUUGGAACAUUAAACAAUUGUUUCUUGAGUGUCUUUUUUCAUAACAACAUCAAUUAGAAGAAGGACUGUUUUAAUACUGAGAACUCACUUUAUCUGGUAGCCUUUCAAAUAUUCCGUACGAUUCAGGCAUUUCUCUUAACUUUCAAGUUCAUAUAUAAAUUAUUUUCAUAGUUCAAGUGAAUAUGCAUUUGUUUGGGUGAUGCUCAUUGUAAUAUUUUUUGGGUAUAGUUAUUUUUUGAUGAAUUGUCUAUUCUUUAGUGGUUACAUGGCAUUUGCAACAACUUCGGUUAGGAACACAUUUUAAAUCUUAUUGAUAAUUAUGGUUUCAACUAGUUUUUCGAUGAUAGUAGAUGAGUUGUAUAGGUAUAAUACAGCCAAACACUAAUUUGAGAAUUUUAGCAUAUUUUUUACUGUUUCUUUUAUAUUCCUUUGUUGUUGUUUUACUUAUAAUUUGAAGAAUUCUAAUUUUAAGGAUAUAAAUUUUGAAAAUGCAGAGGAUAAUCAGAUAAACAAAUAAAUGUUCAUAAUGAGUACUCUUUUAGAAGUAUCGAAUUAGGAUAUCAAUGUUGAUUUAUUCUUCAAGGGAAUUCUCUAAAGACAUAUGGAAGUCGAUUGUAGACACACAGUAAUACAAGGAGAAGGUAGAUGUUUUUGUAAGAAGAAAAAGAUAUUUGAUUCUAAGAAGAAGAAAGAAGUAAUUUUGGAUGAUUGGUUGAUUCAUAAAAACAUAUUUGUUAAAUUCCUAAUGAAAUCAUGGAUUGAAAUUAAAUUAAAUCAGAAUCCUAAUUCGGUUGAAUUGUUGAUACUGUAUGCUAGAUUUAUGUUUUAUAAGUUCCAAAAUCAUUAAGUUUCAUUGCACAUAUUAUCAGAAUUAGAAAAGCGUUUUCUCUUCAUAAUCAAUAGAUAUAAAGCAUAUCAGUUGAAGACUUAGAUUAUGAAAUAUGUUAAGCAUAGAAAUUAAUAAAGUUAUCGAGAAAAAUUAGAGACCCAGAAUGCACUAUAUAUUGAGGAUAUAAUAGACACAAUAAAGAAGAAUAUUAACAAUAUAAUGAUUCAGAAUUGUGUAUUUUGGAAAUGUUUAUAGAAAGAAGUUAUUGAUUUGGAAGAAUUGGAUGAAUUACUUAAGAAUCAAUUUGAUAAAAUAGAGUCUACGAAUCAGUUGUGGGUCUAAAUACAAAAUUAUCUUGACUUUAAAAAGAAGUGGAAAUUCUAUUAUGCUUGGUUUACUCUCUAUAUUGAGAAUAAGAAACUGAAGAAUAAAAUAUUGGAUAACUUUUAGGGACUGUCUGUUAAUGAGAAUGAUAUUUUCUCUGAGGAACUUCAAGAAAACAAUUUGGAAGAAGACAUAGCUAGCAUUAAAUCUGAUCAAGAACAAAAAAUAGAUAUGGAUAAAAUUGAUAUCAAGAGCAAGCGCAUAGUAUUUGAUAAAAAAGCAUGUAUAAUCUAAACCAGUGAUGAUCCAGAUGCCAUCAUUAUUAAAGUGAAUAAAUAAUUCACUAAGAUCUUUGGAUAUACAAAAGAAGAAGUUUCUAUGAAAUUCCCAAUUGCAUAAUUGAUGCCUGAUAUCUAUUCAAAAGUGCAUCCAUCUUUAUUAAAUGAUUACAGAUUGACUGGAAAAGGACAUUCCCUAUAUUCCCAAAGAAAGGUGUAUUGUAUACAUAAAACUGGAUAUAUGUUUACAGCAUAGAAGUUCUUGAAAUUGUAUGUGGAUUUGAAUGGAUGUUCUUAGUUUGUUGUAAUGUUAAGACCUACAGAUAUCAACAAUGAAAAAAAACAUGAUGUGAUAAUCUUGAAUUCAGACUGGGAAAUCAAUGGAAUGACUCCAAAUGUUAUUCAAUCAUUACAAAUUGAUUAGGAUUUAUUCCAAAAAUAAAAAGUAUAAACACUGGUUAAUUUACUACUAUUUGCACCUAAAUUAAUAUAAUUUAGCAGAGCCUGUUCAUUAAUAAACGAAUAAACUGAUUUAGAAUUAUUUGGUAUGUAAAAAAUUAAGAAAAGACGAGAGUAGACAAUUAAAUCAAUUAAAUCAAAUAUGCUAUAGGACAAAAUCAAAAUUUAAGUAAAUAUGGCUCAUUCAGGAUCAAGUAAUUAAGGAAUUCCUAAAAGUGCCAAUGCCAUAUCCUCAGAUGAUUAACAAUCUAAUUAUCAUUAAAUGCAAUCAUUAGAAGUGCCUGAAGAUAAAUAGUUCUUUCAAUAUGCUAGUAGUGUUAGUGAUAAAAACGAGGCUCAAGAUUUCAAGCAUCAAAUUGAUUAGUAUUCAGAAAUGCAAAAUAAUAUGAAUGAAUAAUUGAAUAAAAAGGUAGAUGAAUAAAUCAAACAAAUGUAAGAGACCUAAUAUCAAAAUAAUUAUAAAAGAAUUCAAACCAAAUUCGAUAAUAAUCAAGGAGACGCUAGUGAUGAUAAUCUUAGUAGAGAUGAAAUUAUCAAAAUGAAAGGAUAAUUUAUAUUAGAAGGCAAAGUAAAUAAUGGAGAACCCAUUACUUUUCAUAUGAAACUAUCUGAUCAAUUUAUGACAGCUUGUAAACAUUAUUCUGAUUCCAAAUAUAAGUUAUAUUAAAUUAAAAAGUAACAAGAUGAUGUAAAAUAUAUCAAUAUUUUAGCAUGUAAAAUAAGAAGAAAAGCAAGAUCAAGAAAAAGAAAAUAAAAAAUCCAAGGUUAACGAAUCCAAGCAAUUAGUCAAAUAGGGAACUUAACAAAGAGAAUUCAAAAAGAAAGCUCGUUUGAUGUUUUAAAAAGCAGCAGAAAGAAGAAAAAAUGAUGAAGACAGAAGUUAUUAUGAAUUGAUCAAAGAAAUAUAUAGGGAUAUAUUGAAAAACCAAACCAAAGUUAAAUCUUAUAAAAUCAUUUGCACUAUGUCAUUUUACAAAAUUAGAGAUGAGAGAAUUGGCAUUAUGAAAGUUACCAAUAUUCAAGAGAUCUUAAAAAAUAAAAUAAGACCUGCUGCCAAAAAACAAUCACAAAUGUUGCAAAAAGGCUAUUCAAGGGGUAUUUUGAAUUAUUAUAUUCUAGACUUGUCUCAUUUGCGCAGUAUCUAAAAUAUUGAUGGACCAAAAUAUAUGACAAUGACUAGUGAUGGAGAAAGUAAAAUAAUAUCUCCUCCCUUACCAUAUUCUACAUAACCAAAUUCUAAGAGUAAUAUCAAAAUUAAUAAUAAUAAAUCUCAUGGACUUGGGUAUCAAUUAUAAAAAGAGGAUAACUUAGAAGACCCAGAUGAUAAAGAUGCUUUAGUCAAUUAUAAAGGUUAACCUAAAAUGAUUAAUUGGGAAACUUUUUAGAAUUAAUUUAAAAUGUAAUAAGGCACACAAAGUUUUUCUCUUAAUGUUCUUGACAAUAUUUUUAGAAAAGAAGACAAUAACAAACCAAGAAAAUUCUUAGUGAAAAUAUCAUAUUUGAGUUGGUUUCUCAGAUUCAUGUACAUCACCAUUUUGACCUUGAAUCUAAUCACGUACUUUCUUAAACCUUACACUGUAAUUAUUCUAUUAUUUAUAUAUAUUAGGAUUUCAUACCAAUUAAGAAUCAAUCUUCUAGAAUAUUUCAACUUUCUUAAAUGCAAACAUAUUUAAUUGAAGCAUAUGACACAGUAAUGGAUAUCCUGUUAUAUAAAGAUGCUGAUUUUACUACCUUAUUAGUAAAUGGAGUUGCUCUAUAAACAUAAGAGGAAUUCUUUUCUUAUCAAACAAAAUAAAUUGAUUCUGGAUAUGAGUUUAUCAAAUAGCAAAUGAAUGAUCUAGAUUAAUAAGACACAUUUUUAGAUGACACCAUAUUCUUUAGUAAUUCUGUUAUUGAUGAAACUAUUUUUGAUAUCUAAAGUGUUCCUAUAACUCUAGAUUAUAAAGAUGCUUUUACUAAGGUUAUUUUGGUAGAACAUCAGAUAUCCAUCAUGACAGCAGAACAAUUAAUUUAAUUGACUGACAGCAACUCUCUUGUGAAAUACAUUAGGAAGGUCACGAUACCUACUAUAUACGAAGAGCUAAACACUGCUAUCAUAAUACUCUAAGAAAUGUUGAAUGAUAAAUCGAACUCUAUGUCCAACUUUGUAAUUACUGUACUAAUUAUGGAAUCAUGCAUAUUUAUUAUUGGCUUUUUUGGAUUGUUAUUGAUUAUAGUGUGGAUAUGUCAAACUUUUAAGGCUGUAUUAAAAAUGUUUAUAAUGAUUAAGAAGAAUGAUCUCAAUAAAAUUGUCAAAUAGUAAUAAUUUGUGUAGACUUAAUUUCAGUAUAUUUUGGCAAAAGAUGAUGAGAUAUCAGGAAUUAAUCCUCAGUAUGAGAAAAAAUGUAUAAUUAAUAACAAAACUAAUUACUAAUAAUAACAGAAUUUUUUGUUGAUCAAUGAAAUUGAAGAUUAAAAUAUUAUGAAAAGAAAAGAAAAAAAAAUUCUAGAAAAACAGUUACUUAGAAAACUCACAAUUAAAAUGUCUUUUAUUUACAUCUUAUUUGUUGUGGUUUCUUCAUCAGCUUCCUUAUUAUUCUUUAUGACAUUAAGUGACUCAUCAAAAAAAAUAACUUAGGUAAUUUCUAUUGGCUAAAAUUCUAUAUUUGAUUUUAGUGAUAGUUAACUAUUAUUAGUUUCUGUAAAGGAAAGAUUCUUUAACACUGAGGAGUAUGACUCAUAAUGUUUACCUACUAUUAAAGACAUUUUAGAAUCAUAAGUUUCAGAUAUCAAUGUGGCCCCAUCAAUAGAUAAUCCAAAUUAUGGUAGCUAUUAUGAUAGUUUCCAAUCAAUUUAUUUCAAUAAUCUAUGUUUAUACCUUUAUGAAAAUGCUUUCCUUGAUGAUGUAGCGUACAAAGAUUGUGAAACUAUGUUGAAUGGAAAAUUAAAGCAAGGAAUAGUCGCUUUUAAUCAACUAUAUUCUUCAGUAACUCAGGGUAUUUUAUAAUUUAUGAAUUUUAGAUUAUGUUUUGAACAAAGAAUCAAGAUUUGGUUAAAUUAAUUUAGAAUCUAUUUGGCAGUAUAAUGUAGCUAUAGAUUAUAUAAAAUCGGCAUUCAAAGUGCUUUUGACUAGUUGGUCUAAUGAUUUGGGAUCUCUAAUCGAUGAGGACUAUACUUUAAUAUUGGUGUUGUUAAUAGUGAUGGUAGUGUUUUAAUUUUUAGUGUUUAUAAUUGUAGCAGAGAUGUACUUAGUUAAUUAAUUAAAUAAAACAUUUUAGUUUUACAGAAAGAUUUAUAAAUCCUACAUGCCUAAUGAUAUAAUUCAAAAAGAGAAGAUCAUAAGGGCUUCACUAAUCAAAUACAAUAUAAUAAAACGAUGA